AUGGGGAAAAUCGAGGACUUGCGGCGAAGAGUCGCCGAGACGACCCUCGAACUCCAGCAUUUGAAUCAAGAGCUUGAACAGGCCGAGAGGGAAGCGCAAGAAGCCCAGAAUGCGCCGGCGCAACCCUGGAAAUGGCCCCUGCAGCCCGAGGACUAUGAGAGAUAUGGGCGACAGUUGAUCAUCCCCAAUGUUGGAAUAACAGGUCAACUGAGGUUGAAGGAGUCCAAGAUUCUCAUUGUCGGCGCUGGGGACUGGGAUGCCCCGCAGCGGCUUACAUCGCUGGAGCAGGGGCUGGCACCAUUGGGCUUGUCGAUGGCGAUGGUUGGCGUGCCCAAGGUUGAGAGCGCCAUCACAUACUUGAAGGGUCUGAAUCCGCUCGUGGCGUAUCGUGCGCACAAUGAGCAUUUGACGCCUUUGAACGCCGAGGACAUUGUCUCGCAGUACGAUAUUGUCCUCGACUGUACUGACCACCCGACUUCCCGCUAUCUCAUCUCAGAUAUUUGUGUCCUCCUCCAGAAACCCCUCGUCUCGGCUUCGGCCUUCCGAACGGACGGCCAGCUCAUCAUCUUGAACUCGCCCGCCGCGCCCCAAGGAGGCUUGGAGGGCGGGCCGUGCUACCGCUGCGUCUUCCCGAAACCGCCUCCACCUGACAGCGUUGUCAGCUGUGGCGAGGGAGGAAUUCUCGGGCCCGUUGUUGGCGUCAUGGGUGUGCUGCAAGCUCUUGAGGCUAUCAAGCUCGUCGCUUCAGGGGCUGUGGACCCUAAAGUCAAGGAGAAGGAGGCAGCUGCUCCGUCCCUCCUCAUCUUUUCGGGGGCAGCGCCGUCAGGGCCGUUUAGGUCCGUCAGGAUGCGCGGUCGGAGAAAAGAUUGCUUCGCGUGCUCUCCUACUUCAACCCUAUCUCUGGAGACUCUGCGAUCGGGCUCACUCGAUUACAUCUCUUUCUGCGGUGUCAGUGCACCGGUCAGCGUUCUGGGACCCGACGAGCGUAUUUCAGCAGCCCAGUACGAGCGCACAACCAAAGAAAAUGGCGGAUGCCAUCUCCUGCUCGACGUGAGAGAACGGGAGAAUUUCGAUAUCUGCAGCAUCGAGGGCGCCAUCAACAUUCCUAUCGCAAAGUUUAUGAAGGAAACCCAGCCAUCAAGCGACGGCACUCGGCCACGGCCAGAAUGGUUGCCUGCCAAUUUCCCAGAUGACGCGCCCAUCUACCUCGUCUGUAGAGUUGGCAACGACUCACAGAUUGCGACAAAGCGCCUCAAGGACUUGGACCUGGAUAAUAACGGCAAGAGGUUCAUCGGCGACAUUGAGGGCGGCAUGAAAGCCUGGAAACACCAAGUAGACCCUACGUUGCCCUUCACCUGA